AUGUUGCACGUCCGGGGAAACGUCGCCAUCACGGACGACCAGGCAAAAAUACUCCAAAUUGUCGGGCGGGCUGCCUCUGCGCUCUCGGCUCUGGGUGUCGUGACGAUUAUCACGGUGUUUUGUGUCGCGCCGCAUUUUCGAAACCCCAUGCAUCGCCUCAUCUUCAUCAACGCCUUUUACAAUGCCUUUGAUGUCGCCUGCACCAUGAUUUCCGUGAGCGGCCCCGCGGCCGGGAACGCCUCAGCAUUGUGUAAACUCCAGGCCUUCAUCAACCAAAUGUUUCCACUGGCCGAUGUGCUUUGGACACUCGUCAUGGCGAUUGACGUCUUUCUGAUUGUGUUUCGUCGGUACGAUGGCGAGUCGUUAAAGAGGCUCGAGUGGAAAUACAUGGCGGUCAUUACCUCGGUUACGUUCAUCCCUGCUUUCGCCUUCCUCUUCAUAGAGACGGAGGAGAAAGGUCCUGUUUAUGGAAGCGUAGCUGUUAGUCGCUCUGCCUAUAGUGAUGCUGAUACAAUGAUGACUGAUGCGUCGUCCUUUGACAGAUAUGGUGCUCGAUUUCGCCAAAUCGGCAUCGAGAUUGUCAAGCGCAAGGGCGCUUUGCAGUCGUUCAACAGCGAUCCUGUUCCGUUGGAAGACAGCAUUGCGUCCACCGCAGACACUCCGUAUAAGAACUCGGAGAGAAGGGCGACCGAAGAAAAUUUCCCAUCGCGGCAUGGGCACGCCUCUGUGUCACAUUCUGGAGAAGAAUCGCCCAUUCUCCCCCCCAAACCCCGGGGAGCAACCUCCCAUACUGUCGACACACCUACUCGCCACUUGUCUAUAUCAUUUAGACAAUAUAUCCUCAUGCCAAUAUUCUUCUUUCUUGCGCUUUUGUCAGUCUGGGUAGCUCCUUCGACGAAUCGCGUUGGCGCAUUCGUCAACCCCGACUUUUUAUCCUAUCCGUUGCUGGUCAGUGUUUGUGCAACGGGAUCACUCCGUGGCUUCUGGAACGGAGUAAUUUUCAUCACCUUGGGCAUGAAGUCGCAGAGGAGACGAGGUGACUUGGAGAGACGAGCAACGUACCGGCAAUAA